AUGUUCACGCAGAUUAAGCCAGCGCCGCUGGAGAUCGCGAGGUACGACAUCUGGGACAACGCGGCGCUGCGCAGGACCGAGGUCUGCGCCCUGGGGCCCACGGCGGCUCGCCGCGCGGCCCGCGGCAGGCGCCGCAACGCGGCGCUCCACGCGGCCGACCUUCCGCCGCGGGGUUGCGAGCGGGCCGCCGACGCCGAGAUUGCCGCGGCGGCAGCGGGCCCACGCCUAGAGGCCCAGGAGUGGGCUUCGAAGGUCGGCCAGGAUGACAAACAGUGCGUGAGCAUGGGUUCGCAUGUGGAAGCAAGCUUGAACGGCUUCGUGGAGGCGGUGCCAAUGGCGUGUGCGCCCGUGUGCCGAGUGCUGGGCGAUGUCGGCCCGGCCCCAGGUGUCUGGCUACCGCCCGUCGAGGUCCUCGCGAGCGCAUUCGGCGAUGGCUUGCAAACGGGCUUGCGGUCGGCAGCGCAGCUCGGAAGCGAGGACGAUGGGCUUCGACAGUGCGAUAGGCACGCCGAGCCUCCUGGUGCAGCUGAUAUCCGGGAGGUCGCUGGCCGUGCAGCCGAGGAUGUAGUCCGGCUUGAUCGUCCUGGUGCUGGUGGUCGUGCCGAAUCCUCGAUUGCAGGUGGCUCUUCGGCAGCGGCAGUUCCAAGUGCUGGUAAGAAUCUCGGUCCAGGUGCCGAGGCCGCCAGUGCGAUCGGCCGAAAGACAUAUUCGGGCGAAGUGCGGCAUGGGAGCGCGGGCGCGCGAACCGGCCGUGGACAGCUGUGGACCCCUCGCCCUUCUCGUGCACCAUCGUCCGAGCCGUCGGCGGAUGAGGGAAUCCACGCCGAGCCGGUCUGCGCCGACGUCCCAAGGGCUGAUGCGGUCAUCGAGCAAGUGCUCACGAAGGCUCAGCAGGAGGCGUGCUCCGUGAAGAUGGGCUUGGCGCAGCGCUGGGAGCGCCACGAGUCCAAGCUCCUGGACCAAGCCAUCGAGCUCUUCAAGCAGUGCUGCGUCCAGGAGGCAGAGCAGCAGAGGUGCGAGGCGGCGGUGUCUCUCGAGGUCCUGCCCCGGCAGGGCGUCAAUGCGGAGUCCUGGUGCUACGCAGUGCAUCGACCGGCUGCGCCUUUCCCAGAUGGGAUGCCGACCCCUUCCGCGGACGUGCUGCGGGCAAAGCUGCCGAAUUUCAUCAAGAAGGUUAGGGUCCUCGGCUUCACCAGCUGCAUCCACGAGGCGGGCACAUGGAAGGUGCACGUCGCCUGGCGCCCCCCCUGA